AUUUUCGAUACACAAUGGAGAUUAAUGCUCUUGCUCGAGAGGCACUAGUAAAUGUUGGAGGCAUCAUUGAAUCUUCAUUCUCUCCUGGAAAAUAUGCCAAUGAGCUAUGUGCUGAUGCUUAUGACAAGCAAUGGCUAUUUGAUCAAGAAGCCUUGCCAGCUGAUCUUAUCAAGAGGGGAAUGGCUGUGGAGGAUCCAAGCGCUCCGCAUGGUCUAAAAUUAACAAUCGAAGACUACCCUUUUGCCAACGAUGGUCUAGCUCUUUGGGAUAUAAUCAAACAAUGGGUCACUGGCUAUGUCAACUAUUAUCAUCCUAAACCAACCCUAGUGGAGUCUGAUCAAGAGCACCAAUCAUGGUGGACAGAAAUCAGAAUUGUAGGUCAUGGAGACAAAAAGGAUGAGCCAUGGCGGCCAGUCUUGAAGACGCCAAACGACUUAAUAGGGAUCAUAACGACAAUCGUUUGGGUGGCUUAUGACCACCAUGCAGCCGUAAACUUUGGACAAUACACGCACGCAGGAUAUUUCCCUAAUAGGCCAACAAUUGCUAGAACCAACAUGCCGGCAGAGGAUGCUAGCGAAGAAGUUUUGGAUAAAUUUUGGGCUAAGCUGGAGGAAGCACUCAUGCAGUGCUUUCCUUCGCAGAUUCAGGCAACGACAGUGUUGGAUAUACUAUUGAAUCAUUCGCCGGACGAGGAGUAUCUUGGGGAGAAGAUAGAGCCUUCGUGGGAAGAAAAUGAUGUUAUAAAAACAGUUUUUGAGAGAUUCAACGGGAGGUUGAAAAAGUUGGAAGGGAUUAUUGAUGAAAGAAACACAAAACAAGAAUUUGAGGAAUAG